GUUUAACUGCUCCUCACCAAUCUUGGAUUCGAGGCUUGCUUGCUCUCUUUCCUCUAUCCAUUUUUUAGAUUUCUUCGUAAACAGAUAGGGAGAGUCGUCUCUACGCCUUCUCUUCUUCUUCUUCUGAUCUGGCUAGGUUUGGGUCCUGUGCCCGGCAGCUAUUGAUAUCCAUGUUCAUUUGGGCGCCAUGGACCCCGCUCUGAAUCAGUCCAACCAAUCUGUGGAAGAAGAUGAGUGGGAUACAGAAGGAUUUGUGAUACCAAGCCUGACUGUUGGAGACUCUGGUCUUGGUGAUUGGGAUGACCCAAAUUUAAAAGAUCUCAAGCCUCCUUCAAAGGGUGUCAAGGCAGAGGAAAAGAUCUACCUGGGACCACACGGUGCUCCUCCUUCGCAAGUUAAACAUCAAGAUCUGAAUGCGGCAGGGCGCAAGCAGAGAUUCAAGCAGAAACUGAAGGAAGCUGACCAUAAAUAUUCCGGAACAGGUCGCGAGAACAAGGUUCAAACUAUACGGGAGCUUGUAGGUGGUAAGGUCAGCAGCAACACAAUGCCGAAGAAUUCUCCACGUGAAUGGCUCGAUCCACAUUGCCAUGAAUCUCAUUUUGAGAGGUACUCCCACUGAGUGUUUUAGUUUCUGAGGAUUAAUUGAAUAUUUCUUGACCAUUUCUGCUCACAUAGUUUGCUAAAUUAUCUGCAUGUUUUCCAACUAUAAAACCUGGAUAUUUUCUAUGCGUUCUGUCUGCUGGUACUUUAUCAAUGCUUUCAAGCCUUUGACCUUAAGUA